CAGCGCGGUAUUUGAGCGAGUGUUGUCGGCUUUCUGACAGCGGACCGUCCGUAGUUUCUUGGGUACCACAACUUUGGUGGAUGCAAGUAUUACCAGUCUUGUCGUAAAUGGUGUGAGAGAUGGACGGCGACAGAAUGGAGGUGGGAAACCAGAAACAAGACAUCAAUGUGGAGGUCCAUGUUAAAUCUCACAGCACAGCUAAACGGUCCGAGGUGAGGAUUCAUGUUCUGGCUCUUCUGAAUCGCCACAGCAUGGUUUUUGGAAACUACAGAUGGACAGAGUUUGAUGAGGACUACCUGCAGAAACAUGUGGAGUCUGUGGCUAUAGUUGAUGUUGAGGAACUGGUCACACAGCCUCUGGAUUUGAAGAGCUGCUCUGUCUCCGUUCACAUCUUCACUCUGAAUGAGGAUGGACCCAGCACGCUCAGUUUGGAGGCGGAUGAGGAGCUUUCAGCAGCCAAUCACUGGUUGCUGCCAGCAGCUGAAUUCCAUGGGAUAUGGGAGAGUCUGGAAUAUGAGAGCGGAGUAAAAACCCAGCUCCUGGAUUAUGUCACAACAACAAUUUACUUCUCGGAUAAAAAUGUCAACAGCAACCUGAUUUCGUGGAACCGUGUAGUGCUCCUUCACGGCCCCCCGGGCACAGGGAAAACAUCACUCUGCAAAGCUCUCGCCCAGAAGCUGUCAAUCAGACUGUCGAGUCGGUAUUCUUAUGGGCAAUUUGUGGAGAUAAACAGCCACAGCUUGUUCUCAAAGUGGUUCUCAGAGAGCGGUAAGCUGGUCACAAAGAUGUUUCAAAAGAUCCAACAGCUGAUUGACGACAAAGACGCUCUUGUGUUUGUUCUGAUAGAUGAGGUGGAGAGUCUGACAGCAGCUAGGAGUGCCUGCCAGGCGGGGACAGAGCCCUCUGACGCCAUUAGAGUGGUCAACGCCGUUCUCACUCAGCUGGACCAGAUCAAACGACAUCCCAACGUGGUGAUUCUGACGACCUCGAACGUGACGGACAAGAUAGACUUGGCGUUUGUGGACAGAGCUGACAUCAAGCAGUACAUCGGACCUCCAUCAGAGAAGGGCAUCUACAACAUCUACCUGUCCUGCCUGGAGGAGCUGAUGAAGUGCCAGAUCAUCUACCCCCGGCAGCAGCUGUUUACCAUGUUUGAGCUGGAGACGAUGCGCUUCGCCAAGAGUGAGGUGUCCGAGCACAGCCUGAACCUGAGGAGCAUUGCUCAAAAAAGCAAAGGUUUGAGUGGAAGAGCACUCAGGAAGUUACCAUUUCUAGCCCACGCGCUGUUCGUAAAGACACCAACAGCAACCCUUGAGAGUUUUAUGGAGGCUAUGCACCAAACAGUGGAGAAACAGAGGGAGGAAAAAGCUCAUCUGGUGAACGGUAUCUGAACUUUUACAAAGCCCAAAGGCUGACACACGGUGGUUCAUGAGCUCUCCUGUGGCUUGUUUGUUUGUAGUUUUGGAAACUACGACCUUUACAUAUUUUUUAUAAAGCUUAUUAAAUUCACUUGGCAGAAAUGUGUUAAAUAUAUUGGCAAGUUAUAUUGUUUUAACAAAUACUAUCUCUAACAUAAAUGUUUGUUCAGGUGAUUCUGUUGGUGCUGCUGCCAAGUUGGUUUUCAGUAUUUGCAGUUUGGGUUAAGAUGGAGUGCCAAAUGCGUUGUGUGUUUUCUGAUAUUUUUAUGUAACAUUUAGCUUUACAGUGCCACCGUUUUUUGUCGGUUCUUUUUUUUAAAGGGAUAGUUCACAUCUGUAUUGGCAUAAGUUACCUUUUGUGUAACACAUUAGCUCCUUUCAUGGAUUGUUUUGAAGAUAUCUCAUUGAGAUGUGGGAACUUUUUUAAUUCCCUUUUCUGGUGCUCAUUUAAAAGUUGCUAUCUCACUGAUCCAACUCCAUCCACAGGAUCUGUAGAAAAUGCUAAUGUUCAUGCAAGAUACCGACUUAUGUUGAGAAAUGUGAACUUUCCCUUAAACAUGACAGUUUUUUUACACUGUUCAUGUGUUUUAAAAAGGGAUGUUCCUCAGACCAUCACUUACAAAUGUUAAGUUAUGUUUGUCAGUUCUAUAUUCAUGUUAACAACAAAUCCUCUUUAAACUCUCUGGAUUAAUGUGUUCAUUACGACUUUAUUUUGUAUAUAACUUUGUAAUAAACAAUAUCUAUUAUUUU